AGGGCUUCAUAAACCUCCACUCACUAGUUUUUCUAAUGGUGUUUUAGCCAGAGGAGUUACAGUGAGCUACACGUCCAUCUCUCCUUUUUCCUGGACAGCGUGUGAAACAAUAACCUGCAUUUAUCAUGCUGUGCCACAUAACUCGUCCGGACUCCGUGGUUGUGGAAGUUGAGGUGGACCUAAAAGCAAACGGAGAGGACAUUCUCAAUAAGGUAUGCUGGAAGAUGGGGAUCAUAGAGGUGGAUUAUUUUGGACUCCAGUUCACUGGUACUAAGGGAGAGGUUUUAUGGCUGAAUCUCAGAAACAGGAUCUCUCAACAAGUAGACAGCGUGUCCCCCUGCAGACUGAGGCUGCGAGUGAAGUUCUUUGUUGAGCCUCAUCUCAUUCUGCAAGAGCAGACAAGACAUUUGUUUCUAUUGCAUUUGAAGAAGGAGCUUUUCAAAGGAAGUUUGCGAUUGGACACAGAGAAGGCUAUAGAGCUCUGUGCGUUAUUGGCUCAGGCAGAGUUUGGAGAUUACAACCAUAACAUGGCCAAGUACUGCUACUCCCAGAUCUAUCAAGGUCAAGAACCCAGCCAUGAAACUAUUAACAAUAUUUGUUGGAGGCAUAAAGAGUUGGAGGGUGUCAGUCAAUCUUCAGCGGAAUAUCAAGCCCUGCAGCUAGUUUCCUCCCUCAACAACUAUGGUGUAGAUUGGCACUCUGCCCGUGACUCUGAGGGACAGGAGCUGCUCCUAGGGGUCGGACCAGAGGGCCUCUUUGUCAGCAAAACAGAUUUCACUCCUCUUGAAAGGUUUAGACAUGAAAACAAUGAUAAGAUAUCUCAUAGGCUCAUUAUGAAAUGCAUGUUUCAAUACUAUUACAUGAUUUAUUUCAGAAUCAUAUAUCCAGUCAUUCAAAUGGCCACUCAAUCUGGAAAGAAUGUAUAUGUGAGCAUCACAAAGGACAGUGGGGACAGUGUGGUGCUCCUCUUUAAGUUCAUCAGCCCCAGUGCUGCCAAUGGACUGUAUCGUGCUAUCACAGAGAUCCAUGCCUUUUACAGGUGUGACACUGUUAUGAGCACAGUGAAGAUGCAAUACAGUCGGGACUUUAAGGGUCACCUGGCCUCCCUCUUCCUUAACGAGAGCAUUGACCUUGGUAAACGUUACAUGUUCGAUAUCCAGCGGACGUCCAAAGAAGUGUAUGACCGUGCCCGGCGUGCCCUUUUCAAAGCAGGGAUGACUGUACCUAAAUGUGGGGCCCCAAGAGACAGCUGCAGUCCCUCGUCCUCUCCGCUGAGGCAUGUGAAAGUUGCGAGGGAGGAGAGGACGUGCAUGAGCUGCAGAGAAACUCACAUUCUGAAGGAGAAGCUCCAAAGUCUACAAGAGGCCCUGACCUGCAUUCUUUGCUGUGAAGAACAGAUCAAUGCUGCCUUCUGUCCUUGUGGCCACAUGUUCUGCUGCUAUAACUGUGCCAGCCAACUUCAGUGUUGCCCAGUUUGCCGCUCAGAGGUGGACCGUGUUCAGCUUGUUUAUUUACCCACCUGUGCCAGUCUACUUGGCCUGGCAGAGGCAAAAACUCUCCCCUACAAUAUGCCCAGAGGGACUACCAUCUCCAAGGACUGUGGCAAUAAAGAAAAGAUUUGCCAGAUGUAGGAUGGAUAGUAUCUUCACACCGCACAUGGACUGGUACACUACUAGCCACAUACUCCUUAGAAAGUAAUUAAAAAUUGUUAUAAUAAAAUAUUCUGUGGUUCUAUGGAGUCAGCAUAAAGAGAUAGUAAUUCACACAAAAAUGACAAUUUUGUCAUUUAAUCACCCACAUGUUGUUCUUCCAUGAAGCACAAAGGAAAAUGUCAGGGACUGACAGCCUUAGUCCCCAUUCACUUUCAUUGUAUGGUAAAAAGGUGCAAUAAAAGGGAAUGAUGUGAUUUUACAGUAAGGCUAUCCGUAAGUACCUUGAGAAAUAACAACUGAACUGUCAGUGCUGCAAUAUUCUCCAAACUACAGAAGUAUAGACAAUAUAUUUUUAUUUAUGUUUCUUGUUUAUUCAAAGGCUAAUCAAACUUUACAGAAGUAAAUAAAUAUUUAAAACUGCAGGGAAAAAAACAGUAUGCCAGCAAAGCCCUAAUAGAGAGUGUAUGGUGUUAGAAUACAAUGCAAAGAGGCAAAUAUUUGCAGGGUACACAAAAUGUAUUAUAUGAUGCUUUAAUGCUAUUUAAUACUGUAAUACUGAGCUACAAAAUAUCAUAAUUACAUAAUGUGUAAGAUCUUACUUUUUGGAGAAAUGUCCUCUGGUCUGAUGAAACAACAACGGAACUGUUUGGCCAUAAUAACCAUCGUUAUGUUUGGAGGAAAAAGGGCGAGGCUUUCAAGCUGAAGAACACCAUCCCAACCGUGAAGUAUGGGUGCUUUGCUGCAGGAGGGACUGGUGCAAUUCACAAAAUAGAUGGCAUCAUGAGGAAGGAAAAUGAUGUGUAUGUAUUGAAGCAAUAUCUCAAAACAUCAGCCAGGAAGUUAAAGCUCUGUCACAAAUGGGUCUUCCAAAUGGACAAUGACCCCAAGCAUACCUCCAAAGUUGUGGCAAAAUGGCUUAAGGACAACAAAGUCAAGGUAUUGGAGUGACCAUCACAAAGCCCUGACCUCAAUCUGAUAGAAAAUUUGUGUGCAGAACUGAAAAAGCAUGUGCGAGCAAGGAGGCCUACUAACCUGACUCCGUUACACCAGUUCUGUCUGGAGGAAUGGGCCAAAAUUCCAGCAACUUAUUGUGAGAAACUUGUGGAAGGCUACCCAAAACGUUUGACCCAAGUUAAACAAUUUAAAGGCAAUGCUACCAAAUACUAACAAACUGUAUGUAAACUUCUGACUCACUGGGAAUGUGAUGAAAGAAAUAAAAGCUGAAAUAAAUCAUUCUCUCUACUAUUAUUCUGACAUUUCACAUUCUUAAAAUAAAGUAGUGAUCCUAACUGACCUAAGACAGGGAAUGUUUUCUAUGAUUAAAUGUCAGGAAUUGUGAAAAACUGAGUUUAAAUGUAUUUGGCUAAGGUGCAUGUAAACUUCUGACUUCAACUGUAAGUUCUAGCAAACAUUUAUACGUUGUCCUGAUUGUAUUAGGAUGCAUUAUGUGGUCAUUCUGCACAAGUAUGGUUAACACUGCACACCAAGAAGAAUUUUUAAAAGGGAUUUAUCUAAGCGUGUAUAUGCAUUUUUACCUUACAAACAUUAGGUAAAUUCCAAGAAUUCCAAUAACAAAAGGGCCAACUAACACAAAUAAAUGUAUCCUCUUCUAUACUGACACGCAUUUAAGUUUUGUUUUUGGUAUAAAAUAAAGAGUUUAU